UUUUCAAGAUUCAAAACGGGAGGCUCCGCCCACACUAUGUUAAGAAGGUUUCGUUUCUUGAUCGAGAGUCGUUUUCUGCUGUAAAUAAAGCUUUAGAAGAUGGGCGCAUCUAAUGACAAACCGCUGAAAUGUCCUCUGUGUUUUGAGGAGUGUCGGGAGCAGGUGACGCUGGCCUGCUCUCACAGCUUCUGUCGCGCUUGUAUCAGAGAGCUGUGGAGCGGGUCUCAGACCGGACCGUAUUACUGCCCCGAGUGUAGAUACGAGUACCAGCAUCUGCCAGACUACACGGACGGAGCGUCAACAUCGACAGACACAUCAAACACACAUUGGCCAUUCGGAAAGAAGCUGUAUGACCUGCAUUCAAAAAAAUGGCACGGGAAGAGGAAGUUCAGUUCAGCUUUCCACAGUGAUGGAUACAGAGCAACAUCUCAUAACUCCGUCAGUCCCUAUGAUGUAAUCAGCAUCACUGACGCUGAUGAAGACACAUCAGUUCCGCGGAAAAGAAAGGCUGCAGCGGACGAAUGCUCUUCUGGAAGCCAGUCUCCAUCAGUGGUUUGGGGGACCACCUCUACGCAUGACACAUCCUCACAACGCACACCUCCAGAAACAGAUGAGGUCACACCUCCUCAACUAGAAUCACCUCCUGAGAGGAACACAGGUUCCUCUCAGCAAGACCAGCAUGCUGUGGCUUCCUGCAGUGACUCAGGCUCACCCAGGACACGCAACACACCUCAGGGAGAAAAAAACCCAUUACCAGCAGUCAAUGCCACUUCUCAUACACCUGGAAAGCAGAAAGAGCCCCUCGGGAUCUCUGCAACAUCAUCAGACAGACUUUCCAGGAGCAGCUCUGUGCCUUGCCAUUACUGUCCCACUUCCGAACAGAAGGUGGCGGUAAAGACCUGCCUUGUUUGUGGGGCCUCCAUGUGCUCCGAGCACCUGCGGGCACACCUGGAGAAGCCAGUGUUCCAGAGCCACCCGCUGGUGAACGCUGUGGAGGAUGUGUCUCUCUGGAGAUGCCAAGAGCACCAGGAGAUGAACCGGAUCUACUGUCGAUCAUGUGAAGUGUGUGUUUGCACCGUGUGCUCCCUGGUCGGGUCACACAAGGGGCACGACUGCAUCAGCAUCCGCGAGGCAGAGCAGGAGCUCAGGGGCUCAUUGAAGGACGUGAUGCAAAAAAUACAAAGGACAGAAAAGUCCAUUCAGGAAAAACUCUCGGAGCUCAGCGAGAAAAAACUUGGCGUCCAGGCAGGGCUGGAGGACGUGCGGACGGCCGUAUUGCAGCAGUAUCAGUCCAUGUGGGAGGCUCUGGAGCAAGAGCAGGAGCAGGCAUUACUCUGUGUGACCCAGGAAGAGGACAGAGUGCUGGGAAGCAUUGAAAAGCAGCUGGACACAUUACAGGGUGCCUUGACAUCUAGCCAGAGCAUAUUAAACACCCUGCAGGGAAUGACCAGUGCUGAAGGGGCAUCACAGUACCAGGACCAGGCCUUCAUCAUGGAAUACAGCAAGAUGGCAGGACGACUGACUGAAUUGUCUGACCCCGUGCAAGAUCUUGACUCUCCUGAAGAACUGAACCAUAACCGACUGGACUGUCUCAAUGACUGGACUGAAAGGAGACUGGAGACUGUGCUCAUAUCAUUGCCUCAUCGAGAUCCUUUCAGACUGCUGUAUGGGAUAAGCCCAACUCUGGAUCCUGAUACUGUCCAUCCAAAGCUGCUGCUGUCGGAUGAGAACAGGACAGUGCAGUACAGCGAGACCCAGCAGGACUACCCCGAGCAGGAGUCACGCUUCAACAUUUUCCCUCAGGUGCUGAGCUCUCGUGCCAUAGACGGAGGCUGCUGUUAUUGGGAGGUGGAGGUCCCUCUGGAUGAGGGCCGCUGGAAGGUGGGGGUCUGUGAUGGACAGAUAGCCAGAAAGGGGCAAAAGGACAUCUGCCGUAUUGGUUUCUACCCCAAUUCUUGGUGCUUAAUUUAUGAGAAGGGAAAGGUGGAAGCCCUGCAUGAUAAGGUGGCAUCACCUGUGUGUUCGGCUGAGCUCUGGAAGAUUGGGGUGCUGCUGAAUUUUAAUGAGGGUCGCUUGUCUUUUUAUAGCGUGGCCAGGGAGGGCUCUCUUUCUUUGCUCUACAGUUUUGAGCAUACGUUUAUUGAGCCACUAUAUCCAGCGCUGGCCGUUUCUAAAACUCAGCUCAGCAUCUGUGAUAUAUUUACCAAGACCACUACAGACUAGACCAUUUUUGUGCUUUUAUUGUAAUGUUAACUAAAUAGUUCACCAAAAAAAAAAACUUUGCUGUUGAUUUACCUAGGCUAUAUAAGAUGUAGGUGUCUUUCUUUGAUUUUGAGCCGAAACCCAUUGUAAUUGGUGAUUCAUAAAAUGCCAGUCAAUGAUGUACCGUCACUUUUGAGAGUAAAA